ACCGUUACCACCUUUCUUUAUAAUAACUCCUCAAUUAUACUCCAAAAUUAACUUCAGAAUCUGUUCAAAUACAAACCCUAAUUCCCCAAUUUUGCCUCCAAUUUCCACAACUUCAUCAACAUGCAAAACAAACCGCCGUUCAUGAAGUCCGAUUUGGAGUCUGGAACAACCGGAACACUCUACCCGACUAUGACGGAGUCGCCGGAACUCCGGUGGUCUUUUAUUCGCAAGGUUUACUCAAUCGUAGCCAUACAGUUGCUUCUCACCGUCGCUGUGGGUGCUGUCGUCGUGUCGUUUCAUCCGAUUGUCACUUUCUUAACGACUACCACCGCUGGAUUGGCCUGUUAUAUCAUCCUCAUCAUCACGCCGUUCAUCACCUUGUGCCCAUUGUAUUUCUAUCACCAGCGCCAUCCUGUCAACUAUGUGCUUCUCGGGAUCUUCACCGUCUCUCUUGCUUUUUCUGUCGGUUUGACAUGCGCUUUCACUAGCGGAAAAGUGAUACUGGAAGCAGCCAUUUUGACAGCAGUGGUGGUUGUGAGCCUCACUUUGUUCACAUUUUGGGCUGCCAAGAUGGGCUAUGACUUCAACUUCUUGGGCCCGUUCUUGUUCGGUGCGCUUAUGGUGCUUCUCGUCUUCGCCCUCAUUCAGAUAUUCUUUCCUCUAGGUAAGCUUUCGGUUAUGAUAUAUGGGUGUUUGGCUGCCUUAAUCUUCUGUGGAUACAUAGUGUAUGACACUGAUGAUCUGAUCAAACGGUACACGUAUGAUGAGUACAUUUGGGCUGCGGUUGCUUUGUAUCUUGAUAUCAUCAAUCUUUUCAUGGCGUUGCUUACCAUCUUCAGCGCUGCUGACAGUUGAUAUGUUAAUACUUGCACGUGUCGUUUUGUUGGAAUAUAUGAAUAGUCGUAAUACAUGAUAUACCAAACGGUCACAUUUAGAAUGUAUAUACAUUUUUAACACGUUCUAAGUUGUCAAAUCAUUAAUAUUCAAUUCUUUUUU